CUGUUUCAUACCUUCCAGCGAAAAAGAGUUCCACUGAAAAUCUGAGAAAAGCCAGUUACAAAAGUGCUAGUUUUUUUGCCAUUAUUGUUUGACUUUCACCAUGUAGUUUCACUAAUUGUUAUUAUUCGUUCAUGGUUGUACCUGUUUAAGUUUUGUCACAUUUGAAGAACAUCGCCAACGCAGACUUGGGAUAAAAACCAUCAACACGUCUUAAUGAUACCAGACGAGCAAGCAAUGGCGUUCCGUAAUCCCCUGGAAAACACUAACAUGUCCUCAGGAAUAGGGCAAAGGUUUAUGACUGACCAAUUAUCGUGGAACACACAGUACGGCUUGAGCCGGAAGGGGACAGGGGAAUUAUCCCCAGGGUCCAGAAAGAUUCUGGGUCAACAAAUGCCCCCAGGGCCACCAAAGCAAAAUAUUCUUGCACUUAACAUUGAUGAUGAUGGAGAACUAGAUCUUGGACAGGGUGCCAUGUCAAAUUCUGCCAAAGUGUUUCGGCCCGAUAGAGAUAUGAUGUCUCAAUCUCCUUCACAGCUGACAGGAUUCGGCCCGUCCAACUUCUACUCACAAGGUGGAAGUUCAGGCCUGGGUACCAAUGCUAACCUGGGAGGAAACUUUGCGGCCCUACCUCAGAGAGGGGCAGUGUCAGGGCCCCAGUUCAGGGGCAACAGCUCCACCCCCACAAGUAUGAACCUGCCCUAUAACCUACAGCAACCACAGCAGCAGCCCUCACCCAGCAGAAGUAUGAUAUCUGCCAUUGGAGGUCAAAGAAAUGUCAUGUCUCAGAGUCAAACAAGUCAGUCCAUGCCUAAAUUACAGAACAGUGGUCCUAUGUCCAGUAUUAACAACAACUUUGUGUUUGGUCAGAGUGGUAACCGCCAGAGCAAGUACUCCACAGUGUAUAACAACCCCGAACAGAAGUUCAUGAACAUGUUAUUUGGUACAGAUGCUGAUCAGCCCGGUUUAGAUUUGUCUGAGUUCCCCACACUGGGAAACAGGAACCUUCCCUCCACGCCGAUUUCUUCUGUCAGAAAUUACGGUCAGUAUGGUGUCGGUAUGGUUAGUAAACCUGUUGCGGAGACUGCCCCUGAGUUCCAGAUCCAGCAGGAGGACUUCCCCGCCCUCCCCGGGGCUCCUGAGUUCCAGAUCCAGCAGGAUCCACCCUCAAGUGUAUCAAAUGACACAGCCAGGAAAACGCCUACAAGUGCUUCAUCCUCAUCGUCAACAAAUGAACAAAUUUUGAAAGAUGGGAAAUUUCCCGGCGACAAGGCGAACCAAUCAAAACAAGGCAUACAAACACAUGCAGAUGGUAUGGUGUCCAAUAUUCCCUCGGGGAUGGUUACGGACCAGUUUGGAGUGGCCGGUCUGCUGUCCUUCAUCCGAGCGGCCAAUGAAAACGACCACAAUCUCAUCGCCCUGGCCCCUGGGAUCGAUCUCACAACGUUAGGGUUAAAUCUCAACUCACCCGAAAGUCUGUACAAGACAUUUCAGUCGCCCUGGGCAGAUUCUCCCUGUCGACCUCAAGAUAUAGAUUAUCAUGUGCCAUCAGAGUACUUAACAAACAUAUUCCUUAGAGACAAGCUUGCACCAAUCAAACUGAAUCGUUAUGGGGAAGACGUACUUUUCUUUCUUUUUUAUAUGAAUGGCAAUGACUUCAUACAACUGGCCGCAGCAGCAGAGCUGUACACUCGAGACUGGCGCUAUCACAAGGAAGAGCGGGUGUGGAUCACAAGAGCCCCAGGGGUGGAACCCGUUAUGAAGGCAACAACUUAUGAGAGAGGAACCUAUUACUUCUUUGACGUACAGAACUGGAGAAGGGUUGCAAAGGAAUUCCAUUUGGAGUAUGAUAAAUUAGAGGAGAGACCAACCCUACCUAACACAAUGCAGCAUAAUGCAAGCCAGCAGUAGGUCACAUGACAGGAAGUGAACUUUAUCAUGUGACAGGAAGUGAAGUCUGACCCAUAUAGACAGCAGAAAACAGUGGCCUCUGAUAUUUACUCUUUUCUUGAGAAUUUUUUGCACAUUGCUUGUCCUUUCUUCGUUAGCUUUGAUAUUAUUUAUUAUACUGAGAUUUAAAAAAAAAUCUAAAUUUCAAAUUCUCAUACAGUGUACAAUGACUCUAAAAUAAUGAAUUUUUUAUGUUAAAAAUCAAUGUUUUCCCUUAUCUUAAAUAUACUCUAGGCUUGGAUAUAUAUAGGGGAGGUCGGGGGUGUUUUAAUGUGCAUUGUUUCUAAAACUGAAAAGCUAGCAAUUGAGGUAUUUAUUAUUCAUUGUUUGAUUUUCCUAAAACCACUGUGUAUGUUGUAUAUCUGGGCCAUUGUGUGACUAUGGUCAAGUGCAAUCUGUUUCAUUGUAAAUAAAGCAUUGUCAUUGUCAAGUAA